ACGGUUUCCUUCUCUUCCAGUGGGACCUGGUAUGUGAAGCUGAGACGCUGAAAUCAAUGGCCAAGUUCUCGUUCAUGGCGGGCAUGCUGGUGGGAGGGGCCAUCUACGGCCACUUAUCAGACAGGUUUGGGAGGAGGCCGAUUCUCCGAUGGUGCUCCCUCGCGCUCGCUAUCUCCGAGACCUGCGCGGCCUUUGUGCCCCUGCUCCUCGCUUACUGCGCGCUGCGCUUCUUGGCCGGCUUCUCCACCAUGGGCAUCCUCAACAACAGCUCUGUGCUCAUUGUAGAGUGGACCACGCCCCGGUUCCAAGCCCUGGGGAUGACCACGACCAUCGGUGCUGCUUGCGUGGGGCAGUUGCUUCUGGGAGGAAUGGCCUUCGCCAUCCGCGACUGGCACACCCUCCAGCUGGUGUACUCUCUACCGCUAUUUGUCUUUUUUCUUUCCUCGAGUCUGGCUCGGUGGCUGAUUAUCACCAACAGAACCGGGAGGAGGGGCUUAAAGGAACUUAGAAAAGGGGCGCACAUGAAUGGAAGGAAAGAUGGGGUGCUGUUGCUGUCGUUGAAGGUUUUGAGGUCCACCAUGCAGGAGGAGCUGGAGGCCGCGCAGACCAACCCCCCCGUGUCCGACCUGUUCCGCACGCCCAACAUGCGUGAGAGGAUCUGCCUCCUGUCCUGUGUGCGAUUUGCAAACGUCAUACCCUUUUACGGCCUGAGCCUGCACCUCCAGUACCUGGGGAGCAACGUGUUCCUGUUCCAGGUUCUCUUUGGCGCCAUCACCCUCCCGGCCAAUUACGUCGCACUGUUGGCCAUGAAUCGCCUGGGCCGGCGGCUUAGCCAGAUGCUCUUUCUGCUCCUGCUGGGGAGCUUCAUCCUGGCCAUCACGUUUGUGCCGCAAGACAUGCAGACCCUGCGCGUGGCUCUGUCGACGCUGGGAAUGGGAUUUUCGUCGGCGGCCAUCAUGUGCUCUCUGGCCCACGGAAACGAGCUAAUCCCCACCGUCAUCAGGGCCACAGCUUCAGGAAUCGUGGCGAUGGCUGGUAAUAUCGGGGCGGCCAUGGCUCCCCUCCUGAUGAUCCUGGUGGUGUACUCUCCCCACCUGCCCUGGAUCCUCUAUGCGGUCUCCUCCUUCGUCCCCAGCCUUGUCGUCUUCUUCCUUCCUGAGACCAGGAAUCAGCCGCUGCCCGACUCCAUCCAGGACGUGGAAAAGGAGAGAAAAGGCUCAAGAAAAGCAGACCAGCAAGACACCUUCAUAAAAGUGACCCAGUUUUAAGGAAUUCCAGGAAUGGACUGCUAAUCCAG